AAAAGGGUUGAUAUUUGAUCCCAUUUUCUUUCAGAGUCCGACAGUUUCUUUCCCGUUCCUUCAGAUGUUUAUCACAUAGCUUAGUGUCUCUCUAACAUGACAGGGCGUGUGUGUUCGUGCGCGUGUGCGUGCGUGUGUGUGAUGACGUAGAAGCUGCUGAAUCUGGUUUGGCAAGAUUUCUGGAAAAGGGCGAGCAAGAACAGACAAUCCCUGAAAGACGGAAAAGAGCGAAAUAGUUUCGCAUCCUAACUUGAGCUGUUGUAAAUUGACACUUUCUCCUUUGUUUUAGGGAAUUACGUAUCAGAUUUUAAGGAAGGUUUUCAGCACCAGUCGCAGGCUUGCAAACAGGUUGUCUGUUUUUGAGAAACAAGAAACCGAAGCCGUGUCUUCUGAACAUGCACGUCUUCCUUGUUGAUUUCUGAGUCGGUAUGAAGAACUUCAUGCGAGUCUGUGCCUGCUGGACUUAUGUGUUGCACUCUGACGUUACACUGAGUGAGGAGGAGCACUCUCUCCCUUUUCUUCUUUUUUUUCUUUUUCUUUUUUUUUUUUUAUAAGCAAGACAAGUUGAGGCCGCGGGGAUGAACUGGUCGGGACUUGAAAGCCUGUUGAGUGGAGUCAAUAAGUACUCCACCGCGUUUGGAAAGAUUUGGCUGUCCAUGGUGUUCGUCUUCCGUGUGCUAGUAUUUGUGGUGGCAGCACAAAGAGUUUGGGGCGAUGACAGCAAAGACUUUGUGUGCAAUACACGGCAGCCGGGCUGCACCAACGUGUGCUACGACCACAUCUUCCCCAUCUCCCACAUCCGUCUGUGGGCACUGCAGCUGAUCUUUGUCACCUGCCCAUCUCUCAUGGUGGUGGCUCAUGUCAGAUUCCGUGAAGAAAAGGACAAGAAGUAUGUGGAGUUACACCAAGGCUCUCACCUGUACGCCAACCCUGGCAAGAAGAGAGGAGGCCUGUGGUGGACCUAUCUAAUUAGUUUGGUCUUCAAAGCUGGAUUCGACAUCUCAUUCCUCUACAUUCUGCAUCGGGUUUACCAUGGAUAUGACCUGCCAAAGUUAUCCAAGUGUUCACUGCUUCCGUGCCCGAACACCGUGGACUGCUUCAUUAGCCGUCCGACUGAGAAAAAGAUCUUCAUGUUGUUUAUGGUCACCUCCAGUGCACUGUGCAUCUUCAUGUGCAUUUGUGAGAUGGUUUAUCUCAUUGGUAAGCGCUUUGUCAAAAGAUUCCAGGUCCGACACGAGAACGAGAGGAUAAUGUUCGCUGAUCAGCAUGAGCUCACCAACAUGGCCCCACCCAGGUCGCUGUACAGGAAGACUGAUCCAACACUGGCUGAGAGCCAGAUAAGUUUAAAUAAGAAAGCGAAGACCAGAGAUAUGGGUGCGACGACAACGCUUUAGACAUCCGUUCAAGAUGGAUUAAUUCAUUAUCUGAUUGAAAAAAAAAAUCUCUACACCAUCAAAUGAUGGAUAUAA